AUCAUAUCUCAUCAGAGACAGAAGAGCGAGAGAAAAGAUGUCAGGAAGGGGAAAGGGUGGAAAGGGGCUCGGCAAGGGAGGUGCGAAGAGGCACAGGAAGGUCCUGAGGGACAACAUUCAGGGCAUUACCAAGCCCGCCAUCCGUCGUCUGGCCAGGCGUGGCGGAGUGAAGCGUAUUAGCGGACUCAUCUACGAGGAGACCAGAGGCGUCCUCAAGAUCUUCCUUGAGAAUGUCAUCCGAGAUGCCGUCACCUAUACUGAGCAUGCUCGUCGCAAGACUGUCACUGCCAUGGAUGUUGUUUAUGCGUUAAAGAGACAGGGCAGGACUCUCUACGGCUUCGGUGGUUAGAUGUUGGUUUCAAAAUUUGGGCCUAGGGUUAGGGUUUUGUCUCGAUCUGCCCCAAAUUAUAAAUAUUUCAAUUCAAUUAUGUUGAUGUUGGAAUGAUAUUAUGAAUGGAUAUCGUUAAUCAAAUUAGUUCCUUGAUUAGUUCCAUGGA